AUGCGUCGUUUACCUCCACAAAAUGUCGAAGAAAACUUAUCCAAGCUACUGGACUUGGUUCAUCCCGACUUGGCCGAUGAAUUAUUAUCAGCCGUUGACCAACCUUUAAAGGUGAAACGUUGUGCGAAGACAGGAAAAGACUACCUUAUAUGCGAUUAUAACAGAGAUGGUGACUCAUACAGAUCACCGUGGAGUAAUGAAUACGAGCCUGAGUUAUCAGAUGGAUCAGUGCCUUCACCCCGUCUUAGAAAAUUAGAGAUAGCAGCUAAUGAAGCUUUCGACACAUAUCGUGAGAUGUAUUAUGAAGGCGGCAUUUCUUCAGUUUAUGCAUUUGAAAUUGAUGAUAAGUUCGCCGUUGUUGUUUUGUUGAAGAAAGUUGGUGAUGGGGCCAGACGUAUGAAGGGAGCUUGGGAUUCUAUACAUGUGUUUGAAGUUCAGGAACGUGGACGUAAUGCACAUUACAAGUUGACAUCCACUAUUAUGCUGUAUAUGAUCACCAGCAACCAGGACUUGGGACAAAUGAAUUUGAGUGGUAGUAUGACCAGACAAAUAGAACAAGAUGCUCCAGUGGACGAUCCCUCUGCCCAUAUAGCCAACAUUGGCCGUAUGGUGGAGGAUAUGGAAAUGAAGAUGCGUAACUCUUUACAGGAAGUGUACUUUGGUAAAACAAAGGAUAUUGUCAACGAUUUACGAAGCUUAAGUUCUUUGGAAGAAAGUAGACAACAAGCAAAACUUCAAAAAGAACUUGUAGGUCGCUUAAUGGAUCUGAAUAGCAAAUAA